AUGCCGUCCAUAUCUCAGACUCUUGCGACCUACAAAUGGCAAGAAACAGACCCUCGUUUUGCCCCACUCCCUGGCAAGAACCGUGCAAACCACGUCAUGGUAAAGAUAGCCGCCGCACAUUACAGCGAAGAGAUAGAGUUCAUCGUGCAUCACGAGCUACUCACUCGCUACCAAUUCAGACUCUUCACUAGCAUCCUCGGUCACAUUGGAAACACUAAAUACUUCAAAAUAGACGUCGAUCCCAGAGUUUUCACAGGACUAUUGCAAUUCGCGUAUCGGGGGAGAUUUUGGCUUCCCGAAACUAUCAAGAACAUCGAAGUGUUGUGGGAUCUCUAUAUCUUUGCCGAGAAGAAGGAGAUCCCCUUAUUGCAAGAUGUGAUGAUGAAUCGCAUUGUGUUGUAUUAUUUCGAAUCCAAUACUUUUCCAACAAUGGAAACUAUUAUGCAUGGGUACAAACAUACUAAGCCUGUGUCCUCCACUCAGAAACAUUCAACGGCACGACGAUUUUUAGCCAGAUGUUACCUAUCACAAUCAUUAGGAUGUUUCUUUGGCUCGAGAUGUAGAGACUCGGAUGCCAGCAUUGAAGUUACUCUUUUAUGGGCAGAUGGACUUCAAUCUGAUACAAUGAAGGCUAUUUGGGAGCCAGCGGGGAUUCCGUGGAAGGUAGAAACGGAUCCCCGGAAUCCUAUGAGAGUCAAACUCUGUGACUAUCAUCAACAUGCAUGGAAUGAGAUAUGUCCCAAAUAUAAAGAGACAUAA